AGGAUACGGAGUUAGUAGGAUCACCAUUAGGAUGGGGUUCGUACUCGGGGAGAUAGAAGGGUCAAUGGUUCGGUAACAUCACCCAACGCAAUUAAUAAUGAAGUCAAGGGUUUCUGGUCCGGAGUUAUCUUCGUAAUAGUCGAAUUUUAAUCCCUAGAAAUGGCCCAGCUGAUCGUACUAUAAAAGGGUGGUCGAGUCCCGACUUCCUCGAGAUGAAAGUCAUGUCAAUUUAGCAGGUGCGAACUGCAAAGAUCGUAUCAUCAACGCCACUAAUUCACCUCAGUACACCCAUCAUCCUAAACUCUAUCUAAUCCAUCCACCAUUAGCCGACACCGGUCAAUCCCAUACAUUUAUUUCCUCUGUUCCAAAGGCGGCCAUCAUGUCUAUCCUACCCACAGCUCCGCCACCAAAAAGCCCUCUGGCUCGUUACCGUCUCCUGGCUCCAACGGCUUCGGUUCGAGUUAGUCCCCUUUGCCUUGGUGCCAUGAACUUCGGCGAUGCCUGGAAAGAUUUCAUGGGCGUCUGCGAUCAGAAGACCACCGAGGAAAUCCUUGAUUUCUUUUACCAGCAAGGUGGUAAUUUCAUCGAUACUUCUAACAACUACCAAUUCGGACAAUCUGAAAGUUGGAUUGGAGAGUGGAUGAAGAAACGUAGCGUUCGUGAUCAAAUGGUCAUCGCUACGAAGUUCACAACCAGUUACCACAACAAUUUUGACGAGAUCAACAUCAAUACCCAAGGCAAUGGGACCAAGAAUUUACAUGUCUCCGUCAACUGCAGCUUGCAAAAACUACAGACGGACUAUAUCGACUUACUUUAUGUCCACUGGUGGGAUUUCAACACCUCAAUUCCCGAACUCAUGCAGUCGCUUAACAGGCUCGUCCAAGCUGGAAAAGUGCUAUAUCUCGGGGUCAGCGACACACCAGCUUGGGUAGUAAGCAAGGCCAACGAGUACGCUCGCAACCAUGGGUUACGCCAAUUCAGUGUGUAUCAGGGUCGCUGGUCGGCCGCGAACCGCGAUGUUGAGCGUGAAAUCCUGCCCAUGGUGAAGGCCGAGGGGAUGGGCAUUGCUCCAUGGGGUGCACUUGGCGGUGGCAAGUUCAAAACAGAGGAGCAGCGCCAAAGUCGCGUGACAGAACGUUCUGGGUGGGCCGACGAGUCCGAUAUCAAGGUUAGCCGGGUGCUCGAAUCGAUCGCUAGGCGCAAAAACACCAUCAUUACUAGUGUGGCCCAGGCCUACGUGAUGUCGAAGGCACCAUACGUCUUUCCUAUCGUCGGCGGGCGCACCAAGGAGCACUUAAAGGCUAACAUUGAAGCACUCACCUUAUCCCUCGAUGAGGAUGAUAUCAAAGAGAUAGAAAGCGCCAUCCCAUUCGACCCCGGGUUCCCUACUACGUUCCUAUACGGCUCUCACGGCGCCGAUCACCCCGGGAAGGUUGUCCACCUGUGUAUGGGAGGCACAACGGAUUACGUCGAGGAACCUGGGCCGAUUGUCCCAAGUAAGGCGGGAGAAUAGAGCACUCGCGCUCUCAUGGACACUUGGAAGUGGUUCACACGUAGGUACGAUUCGUACAGGUCCUUUGGAGGCUAGCUGAAGCUGCCAACAUGGGCAAUUCUCGGAACUGUCGUCAAUUUUUGGUGGUGCAUUUAUACAUAUGUUACAAUGGGUUUGGACCGGCUUCACAUCAAUACCUACGCAAGUAUACAUAGGUAGCAAGCAGGUAUGGGAACGUGCUUUGAUGGGCAACGAAGAAUUUGGAUUAUCAUGGAUAGCAUUAUCUUUACCAGAAUAUAUUUAGAUAUCUCUUCUGA